AUGCCAACUCUUGAGAGCUUCGAUGGGACGCGGGACCCUCUCGACCAUUUGGAGACCUACAAAGCUUUUAUAUAUUUACAAGCCGUACCAGACAAGAUUAUGUGCAGGGCUUUCCCUACCACACUAAAGGGUUGGGCUCAUCUCUGGUUCAAUAAAUUAAAACCAGACUCCAUUGAAAACUUUGAAGAAUUGAGCAAACAAUUCAUAGGACACUUCAUCGCUGGGCAGAGGUAUAGGAGACCAGCAACACAUUUACUAAAUGUGAAGCAGCAAAAGGGAGAGCCUCUUCGUGAUUACAUAAGUCAUUUUAACACUAAAAUGCUGCAGGUAAAAGAGAUGGACGACAAGGUUGCCCUCACAGCCUUUAUGGGAGGACUACAGACCUCUAAGUUCCUAUUUUCCUUGUCAAAGGAAGCCUCUACGAGCAUGACAGAGUUAAUGGUUAGGGCGCGGAAGCACAUGAAUGCUGAGGAUGCUAUGAAUGCACAAAAAAACAAAGAUGAUGAAGCUAAGAGGUUGGAUAAAAAGAGGCUAGCAUCUAGCACUAGGGAGGAAAGGGAAUCGAAGUACAAGAAAUUCUCAAACAGCCAGGCUGACAGAUCAUCUCGCCGUCCAGUGAGCCCAGGCAGGUAUAAUAACUACACCCCCCUAAAUACAUCUGUAGAGCAGGUUUUUUUGCAGAUUUAA